AUGUCGACUGAGCACCAGCGCGGACACGUGCACCGAGAACUGGUCAAGGGUAAACUUCGACCACCGUUGAAGCCGCCCUUAACCAAAUCGUAUACAGUUCCCCCGGCGUCGAUCAACGAAGUUGUGGUGAGAAAGCCAUCUGAGAGACAAGUGAACCACGGUCCUGUUGAGAUCUCGUCCGCGGCUACAGCUCAACCUCAUACCCAUUCAGUUCCCAGGAACGGAGUGGACGGGCAUGUUGAGACGAGGGCUGAUCUCUCAUAUGCCGAGACCCUCCACUACUUCCACUACUUCCACCACUUCCACUACUUCCACUACUUCCGGCUAGACUAG